CUGGCGUAAUUCCACUUUCGCUUUUGGGUAGCUUUGUGGUGACCGAUGUCAAGUGUAGGUUAUUCAAUUGUCAACAAUUACAUAAUGCCUCCAUCGUGUUCUUCCUUCAAAUGAAUACUGCCCGAGUUCGAGGUGAAUGUGUCCCGAGUCCACCAUUGCCGUGUUCCAGAAUUUGCUGCCGAGAGAGAUAGGAAUUUAUAAAAGCACUGUUGUUCCACGAGUCUUCUCGGUUUGACCAAAAUCCUGAAAGCCGGCAGGUCGGAGGAGCUGUGAUCGGCGUGUCAUGAGUCAGUCGAUGGACGAGGAGUGUUUAGCAGGAAACACCUACCAGGAUGGCAAUGCAGCAGCAGGCGACAGCCAGGCAAGAGUCCCCAAAGGCUGGCGGAUGGUCAUCAGGGAACUGGUGGAGACGGAACGUACCUACGUCACUGACCUGAGCGACGUCAUAAGAGGCUAUUACGAGUACUUGCCUGGAUAUUACAAGCCUAGAGAGUGUUGUGAGCUGCCCAUGAGCGCUGAGGAGAGAGAUCUUCUGUUUAGCAACCUUGGAGACCUUGUCCAGUUGAACGCGUCCUUACUCGGGUGCUUUGAAAACGCUAGCGGUCGACCUGAGCAGAUCGCUGCCUGCUUUCUGGACCGCGAGGAAGAGUUCAAGAUUUAUGCCCAAUACUGCAUAAACUAUGUGCAGGCAAUGGACACGUUCAACUUGCUGCUGAAGAGGCCAAGGGCUGAAGAAUACUUCCAGCAUUGUCAGCUAACGCUUGGCCAUACGCUGCCACUGGAUUCGUUCCUCCUAAAGCCAGUCCAGCGAAUCCUGAAGUACCCGCUGCUUCUGAAUAGCCUGAUCAAGCAGUACACCAAGUUCCACGACCUGUCGGAGGAGAUCCGCCAGCUGCUGUUGAGCGCUCACAUGACCAUGUCCAAUCUGGCACAGUACAUCAAUGAAGUCAAGCAGGCCAAGGAGGAGAGCAAGCGCACUGAGGAGAUCUUGAGUCAGAUCAUAGGCUGGGAAAGUCCAGCAGACACUGGGAACAUAUGUGUGGAGGAUCAGGCACGCGUUUAUGGCACGAAAGGCGAGCACCAUCACCUGUAUGCAUUUCAGAAAACGCUGCUAAUUACGAAGCCAAUUAAGGACGGUCCAGAACUGUAUCGACGACACCUGCCAUUCUCAGACAUUACUUUAGCCGAUGUCUCAGCAGAUCCGUUUUUGUUUGAGCUCCACUGCCCCAGUGAACAAGAGGAACUGUCGCCACGAGCCAUGCGCCUCUUUCCAAUCGUAGUCUGUCCUCGCAAUGCCAAGCAGAAGGCAGUUUGGCUCAAGACUCUGCGAGAAAGAGAUGUAGCAGAUGUGACUGUGGAAAUCGAGACAGUACGUCGCAAGACAUUUACCACCGGUGAGCAAUCAUCCAGCGGUUCAUCUGCCCAAGGGCUUUCAAGGCCAAGGCAUUCGUUUAUUCAAGUCAUUGCUCAAGUGCAAAGGGCCGCAUCCAUAAAUUCCUACUCGGCAUCCAGCAGUAAUAGUGGCUCAUUUCACAAUCGCAUCGACAGCAAAUGUGAUAAUAUGGCCAGUGUCAAUGGUGAUAAAGCAGGCAGGUCUGUAGAUGAGGCACCAACGGAUCGCAAGGUGUCAACCCUAAGAAAGUGGGAUGAGCUGGUUACCAUUGCUCGGCAAGCAUCCCUCGAAAAGUCCUCAGCAGAACGGCGGAACAGAAACCAGUCACUGCAUAUAGCAAAGGACAAGGUCCGCUCACCUAACUUCUGGCGAAAGGCGCACAGCUCCACGGAGAAAGGGGAUGAGCUCAGUUCGACGGGAGAUGUGUGUUCUACUGCAUCUAGUGAGAUUGAUUUCUCCAAGACGGCCCCAUCGUCUCUUCAGCUGAGCUUGCCGGUGAUGAGCACAGGCUCCGUGUCCAGCGCCGUUGACACCACUCAGCAACGCACGGUCGAGCAGUGCGAGAGCACUUCUGCUUUGGAUCGCGAUACCAUGUGCUCGCCAAUGUACACCGAAUUAGCUUACUCACUGCCGGCGUGCCCCACUCAGCUCGAAUCGCCGACCAGUCCUGGCCUGCCUCCACUAUCCCCGCUCUCCAGCCAGAGAGGGACAAGAGCUCGAACGCAGAUCAAGGAUGCGCUGAAGACAGCUGGAAAGUUGAUGACACCUAGGCGACUCCACACGCCAGGGUCUUCCAGCCACAGUGAAGAAACACCCGUAUCGCCGACAAAUACAAGCCACAAUCAAUCGCUCAGGCCGAAAGCAUCACGCUCUGUAGGCGCUCAGGUUGAGUCCAGCUUCAGCGGAGGCGGGUUGAAUGCACGUCAACUGGAGGAUUCGGACAGCGUAUUCAGUGUGACACAGAACCGCAGUUUAUCAACGACCGGCACACAGACUCGGUCAAGGGUCGGGUCAAUAUCGUUCAACAUACCUAGCUGGGCAACAUCUGGAAGCAGCAGUAGUCGCUCGAGCAGCACUUCAAGUUCAAGUUUAAUCCAAAAGGUAGCAUCGAGAGGAAAGCGUGUGUCAGCACCAUCCGUAAUGAAGUUACCAGAAUCGAAACUGGAGCCAUUCCAGCAGCCACGGGAGAAACCCAUGUCUCGCUUGGGACGCCUGGCUGAAAGGACAAGAGAGCGCCGCAACACAGUGUCCAACUACUGCAGGAAAACACCGGAGAGUUUGCCGGGCUCAACGGACGUGUUCUGAGCUUGCAUGCUGGUAAGAGAAGGAGUGAGAGAGGCGCCCGCUGAGCAGUGCGUUGUGGCGCCUCACCCAUACGGACUGCUCGUUGCCUGUGGAAUGCAGUGCUUCAAGCCAUCCCCGUCCCGUGAACAGUUUUUACGUAUUUUCACGCAAAGUUUACCAAUCAAAUCAUGAUAGCAUGUAACAUGCUGCGUGCAGGGCUUUCGGUGUGCCACUAUCGGCUAUCCCGAUCGCAUACAGACCCACCUCUCUAAACAAGUACAGUUCUUUUCCACCUUUGUACAGUGCAGUGCGCGUACAUUCAAGUCUAGGCUCCCAGUCAAAUGCUGUUCUUUUUUUGGCUACGACAUUCUGACACGUUAGCACCCUACAUACCUUAGUGUCCCACAAAUGCCUUGCACCCGGGUUCCAUUCACAACCCCUGCUUCUGAGCUCAUGUACAUGUGCAUUCUUGCAUGUCAUGCAGCCUGAAAGCUCGCCCUCGUUUCAUGUACAUGCAUGUCAUGCAGCCUGAAAGCUCACCCUCGUUUGUCCGUGUUCUGGUAUAUCGAUUUAUUCAUUCGUCCCGUCGCUGCUGUUGCCGCUGCUGUUACUGAGGUUCCUUCAAGCUUGCUAAGAAACUUUAAACUGCAUUCAGUCAGGCCACUUUUUUUGUCAUCCCUGUUAUACUCCCUCUUUUAAUGUGGUACCUCAAUAUUUUCUCACUUCUCAAAACUUCCAGUAGCCCAGCAUCAGAAACUAUCUCCUCCACUGAACCUUUUAAUUAAUAAUACAACAUUUUGGAAUGAUGACGAUGUGCUAUUUCAGCAUAAAGUAUAUUUAUAUUUGAAUCUGAAGCUAUCUGAAGCUAUAAUUAUUUUAAUUUUUUUUAUACUUGACAAGAUCCUUUCAGAAAACAAUAAUAAUUUACUUUUAUUUUUAACCAUUUGAGACCAACACUGUUCUAGCCAGCUGCCCCUUGAGACACCAUCAUACUCUGGCAGUGCAGGCAUGUA